UGCUCUGCGGCGUGAGGCCACCUGGGACUUCCGAAGCGCAACAACAACUUGGAGUUCUGCCCGCCUCUGCAAUGGAAGAAGAAGAAGAACGCACGAUAUGGAAAUCAAGGUCCGAUUCGGACACGAUGCUUUCGACGACAGUUGGCCGAGUGAUGACCACUCUGCUCGGUGCUCGCUCCAGGAAGCUCGAGAACGCCAUUUCUCAUCUCUCUUCCACCCCCAAAAGAGCUUCACUUGUUUCAUUGGACGAUUCGCUUUGGUUUUUUCACAAGUACGUCAGGGAUGCAGCAGAGAAGAAGGAACCUUUGGACAAUAUUUUGGUUCCCAUGAUUGAACAUAGUCUGAAGUUCAAGGAAUUAAAGUAUGGCUGCCAAACAAUGGUACUUCUUAAUUGGAUCUUUCAAGAUGAACUUCUUUUCCAAGCUGUUGCAACAGAUCUUGCUAACAUCAUACGGAAAAAAGAUGACCGAUAUAUUGCCCUUGGCUGGUGUACCCUUGUGCGUGCUCUUCUAGAUUACGAGAUUACUGUGAACCAAAAUAUAAAAAAUGGAAUAAGGGAGAAGUACAUUGAUCUGUUGAAGAUUUUUUGUCCUUGUGUUUCGCAUCUCAUAUUUAUUGUAUGUAAUGGAAGUACUUUGCAGGAUGGAUAUGAGUUGCCAACUCGCCUUUCAGUGGCUGCUGCUGAUUGCAUUUUGGCUCUUACUGAAUCAUUGGUGAAGGAGCGGUUGUCUUCUGACCUUGUGAAGGACAGGAUAAAAUCAUCUAAUCAAUCUGUCAACUUGGUAUCUGCUGAUAUAGGUCAGAAGAAAGUUAAAUCUGCUGAAAUCUCAAAGAACGUGGUCAUGGAAUCACUGCUUUGGAAUCAUCUAAAUGAACUCAUUAUUCUUCUGCAGAAACUUCUUGCUUGGAGCAGGAAAAGCCGGUUGUUGCAUGCAAAAGGAUUAGAACAAGUGCUUAAGUGGCUGCAAGCGUUAAAAGAGAGUUAUGGUUGUUUUCAGGAUGAGGCAGGCUCCACAAAUCUAAAGACUGGAGUAUUGCUGCUGUCUUCUUGUUGGAAGCAUUAUGGAAUGCUGUUGCACUUGGAAGAUCACAAAUUUUCUCAGUAUUUCAGAGAAUUGUUGGACCAGUACCUAUCUGGAAUCCAGUUUUACACUCAGAAUUGCACUGAGAAACCUGCCGAGAAUAAUGAUAGUCGUAUUGAGACAAGAAAAUUUUUCCUCAAUUGCCUCUCUCUUCUGCUGGGGCGUUUAGAUAACAGGCAGCUUGAAAGCACAAUUUCAGAAUAUGGGCUCCAGAUAUCACAGAUGCUGGUAUCACAGCUACACUCUGCUGAUAAAGAUGUGAUAGAUGGGGCUGUCUCCAUUUUCAAGGUUGUCAUCUUCAGGAUGAACUCUUCAUCUAGAAGCAGUAUCAGCAACACUAAGCAGAUGGAUGUGGUGUUACCGUUGCUACUAAACCUUUUAGAUGAGCGGGAUGGCACAGCCAGAGCUGUUGUUGUGCUCAUUGCAGAAUACUGCUCCAUAAGUGGAGAUGGUCACUGCCUCCAAGAAAUUCUAAAGCGUCUUGCUUCUGGAAAUAUGCUACAGAGGAGGAAUGCUAUUGAUGUUAUUUCAGAAAUCAUUUGCAUGUCUUCACUUUCAGUGAAUGCACUCUCUCAUUCAAUGUGGCAAGAUAUAGCAAAUCAUUUGCUGGAGCGCAUUGAAGACGAGGAAAUUGUAAUUCAUGCACAGGCAUCCAAUUUGCUGCCAAUGAUUGAUCCCUCAUUAGUUUUGCCUGCAUUGGUUCAUCUUGUUUACUCAUCAGUUGGAAGAGUGCAGUCUCAUGCUAGUGAUGCACUCAUGGCAGUGCUCAAACAUCAUAAUGAAAAACAUGAAGUUAUAUGCUUGUUGCUUGACUGUCUCAGCAACCUUGGCCAAAGCGGAAUUCUCCCAAAAGCUUCUGGAGAUAUAGGGGAAGCAGGAUCAAAGUUGGAUGCUGAUUGUAUUCUCAGACUGAUCCCAGAGUGGUCAAAAAGCGUUAAAGACUGGAAUGUCGUGAUUGGGCCACUGAUUGACAAGAUGUUUGCGGAACCAUCAAAUGCAACUAUUGUCAAAUUUAUGAGUAAUAUAAAUGAGCACUUAGCAGAAGCUGCUGAUGUGGUCCUCCGUCGGGUUCUCUUGCAUACUAAAGGACAGAAAGAAGUUGAUGAAACCUUCUUAUCCGAAUGCGAGAGUAAAACCUGCAGAAGUGCUGACUCUGUUAAGUUGCAGCAAUCACUUUUUGAACGACUUUGCCCAUUACUUAUAAUCAGGCUGCUUCCGCUUAAAGUUUUUAAUGAUGUUAAUUCUUCUAUUGUGUACGGUCAGCUUCUAAAUGAAGGCAUUAUUAGUGAUGAUGAAUAUUGCUACAUCAGUGAUGAAUGUGUCAGUGCCCUGCUUUUAAACAGGGCAUUUUGUAUGUAUGAAUUUGAAGAUGUUCGAAAACUUGCCGCUGAGCUGUGUGGGCGAAUUCAUCCCCUGGUGCUCUUGCCAAUUAUUUCGUCUCAAUUAGAUUGUGCUACAAGGUCUCGGGAUAUGCUGAAAAUAAAAGCUUGUCUGUUUUCAGUUUGCACUUCUCUUGCGGUUAGAGGCAGGGAUUCAAUGCUGCACCCUGUAAUGCUCAAAAUUAGAAAAGUAAUGGAAACUAUUUUAAUAUGGGGCUCUCAGGAUGCGGAUGAAGUUUCCAAAGCCCAACAUGGAUGCAUUGAUUGUCUAGCACUGAUGAUUUGUGCUGAACUACAAGCUCCUGAAUCAUUCAAAUGUUCCACCAUUAUUGACAAGAUCAGGAUUGAUGGGAAUGCUGCCUGGAAAAAUUCUGUAAUCAGUUAUGUGAUCCAUCAAUUAACAUGCAGUAAGGAUGAACUUGCUUCCAUGCUGGAGCUGGGUAGUGAGAGCAAGUAUGAGGCAUCAAGAUCGCUUUCUUUUCGUCUUUGCAUGGCCAAUGUUAUCAUUAGUGUUUGCCAGAAAAUCUCUGAUUCUGGGAAAAAGCUCUUGGUGCAGGAAACUCUUCCACAUCUUAUUUAUCGCAUCUCUGUCAUUACAGAUGCAGAAAUUAGAGCUGCAUGCAUCCAAGUUCUUUUCUCUGCUGUGUACCAUCUGAAGUUGGCUGUUCUUCCUUACUCACAUGAUCUUCUUCAAAUCUCCCUAAAAUCUCUUAGAAAGGGAUCAGAAAAGGAAAGAAUGGCCGGUGCGAAGCUGAUGGCAUCUCUUAUGGCAAGCGAGGAUGCAAUCGUGCAGUGCAUUUCAGGCGGACUUAUAGAAGCAAGAUCGAUUCUUUCGAGUCUAUCCAUUUCUGAUCCUUUGAUAUCUGUGAGACAAGUAUGCAAAAAAUUGUUAGAAUGUAUAACUCUGUAAGUAAUGUCAUUCUUGGCAAUCACCACGACUUUUGUGAUAGUCAAUGGCUUUUGUGAUAGUCAUAAGUGUACAGUUAAAUGACACUAUUGUAUAAUACAUAAAUAUAUUUUGGCUGCUCUUAAAAUUUUGCAGUUGGCGAUAGCAGUGCUAUGAAUUUUCAGAACAACGUGAAUGCUAAUUCAAGAUUGAAUUUGAGUUGCAAAAGUAAAAA